AUGAAGCUCUCGCUCGCGCUCCUCAGCGCAGCCAUUGCCGUCUCUGCCGCUCAACCCCAUCGUCAUGGACACCAGCAUCUUCACAAAGAGAAGCGCGCUCCGGACGCCGCUCCAGACUAUGCCACGGUUCCCGGUCCAACUGAGAUCGUCUAUGUGUUGAACGGGAAGCCGAUCCCCGAGAGCGAGGUCCAGCAAGGCAUCAAAAACGGCUCUCUCGUCUUUGCCAGCAACGGCGAGCUCUCCUCGAAAUCCUCAAGUGCGCCGGCUCCUCCCAGUUAUGCGGCACCUUCCAGCUCUGCGCCAUCCUCCAGCUCUGCGCCAAUUUCCAGCUCUGCGCCAACUUCCAGCUCUGCGCCACCAACGACUUCCAGCUCGUCAACGUACGUUGCUCCCACGACGAGCGCUGUGCAGACCUCAAGUGCCGCACCAUCCUAUGCGGUCGCAAGCAAGGCCUACAGCGCUCCGGCCUCGUCGUCCUCCUCUGCCGCAGCCCCAAGCUACGGCGGCGGAGAUGAUAGCAGCUCCAGUGGCGAUUCGACAGGCGUGGACUCCGAGUUCCCGGACGGCACCAUCGAUUGCUCCACCUUUCCCUCGGAAUACGGUGCUGUAGCAGCUGACUGGCUUGGACUUGGCGGAUGGACUGGCAUUCAAAACUGCCCUGACGAGGUGUCUGCUGGUUUCACCAACAUCGAGACUGUUACCAGUGGUGGAUCCUGCACGGAGGGUCACUACUGUUCUUACGCAUGCCCUCCUGGCUGGCAGAAGUCGCAAUGGCCAACCACUCAGGGCUCUACUGGCCAGUCUGUUGGCGGUAUCCAGUGCAAGAACGGCAAGCUUCACCUGACCAACCCUGACAUGUCCAAGAGUCUCUGCAUGAAGGGUGCUGAGGAGGUCACGAUUCUCGUUCAGAACAACCUCUCAAAGAAUGUUUCUGUUUGCCGUACCGACUACCCUGGCACUGAGUCUGAGACCAUCCCUGUCAGCGCACCAGCUGGUGGAACCGCCAACCUGACCUGCCCAUCGGCUGACAACUACUACAAGUGGCAAGGUUCUAGCACUUCCGCUCAGUACUACGUCAACCCAGCUGGCGUCUCCGUUGAAGACGGUUGCCAGUGGGGCUCGCCCGAGAACCCAUGGGGUAACUAUGCUCCUCUGAACCUCGGAGUUGGCUACAGCAAUGGAGCGGCAUGGCUUUCGAUCUUCCAGAACUCUCCAACCACCACGGCCAAGCUCGACUUCACGGUCGAGAUCGAGGGCGACGGCAUCAGCGGUACCUGCAAAUACCAAAACGGCCAGUACUGCGGUGGAGCCAACUUCGAUCAAUGCAGCGAAACCACUGGUUGCACGGUAAGCCUUCCAGAACCCUUCCAUCAAUCUCAUCGCUGACAAUCCAUAGGUAUCCAUUAGCUCAGGAACGGCCACGUUCGUUUUCUCCGACUAA